AUGACAUCAACUACAACAGCUCCUAUUAAUUUAUCAACAGGAAACUGUGAAGACCUUGAAGAUGAACUACGACGAAUGAAAUUAGGUUUAGGCAUUGGUUUAGGUUCUGGUAUGCUGAUAACUAGUGCAUUGGCGAUAGGUAUUUAUAUUUAUUUUUCUAGACGGUAAGAACAUUGUUUGUAUGGUAAAGACUUCGAUUUCGAACUGUCUCUCUCUAUUAUAGUCUUGCACAAGUACCAGUAUUGGCAGCUGGAGAAGGGCCAGAAUACACUCAGUUGUAAUAGUAUGCUAUGCACUUCAAAAAAUAUUGACUUUUAUGUUCAAACAAUAAUAUAAUGAAAUAUUUUUAUAGCGUCAUUUUUGUUGUAUUCAAGAAUAUUCGAUUAAUAAAAUAGCUAUAUUUUUCAUUUCACUUAUAGUAGAUCAUCUUAAUAACGACGGAAAAACAAGUGUUGUAUUGACUUGGAACAUAAGUUUUGCAUGUUUUUCGAUUCAUCAAUAAAAUUUAUUUUUCUACAAUGAUGUGCAAC